AUGCCACCCGUUGCUGCACAUACCGGCGUGCCCGGCGGGCAACCGACAUGCUUCCAGAAGAUACGAUUGGGUUUCAUGAUGGGCUGUAUGAUUGGUGGUGCUACCGGUGUGCUUAUUGGUGGUUUUGCUGGUUUGCGGAUGGGUUUGCGAGGGAAGGAAUUACUCAAACAGGUGACUUUUCAACCUAAUUGACC